GCCUGCAGUGACGUCAUCGCUUCCUGGUUAUUAUUUACUUUCAUUUUAUGUCUUUGUGAAGCUGCAGAUGAUUGUCUCCGUGUAGAGGUUUCUGUGCUUCAGCUGACUCUGUGAUGUCGCUGUGUGAGAACAAAGUGGAGCUUCCUCCUCCCUCUAAAGCCACUCUGUGUGGAGACGAGAUCACCAAAGCUCAGAGCCCAGAGAAGCAGCACAGACCCCACACAGCCCACCGUGAACCUGAACCCAACUGUAUGUCCGUGAUGAGCGACCAAUCAAAUGAGCGCUAUAUUGAUUUCCAACAAGGAGCACAGGAAACAAAGAUACGUCAGAGAAAACAAUCUCCUAAACCUGAACUCGUCUGUGUGUCCACGAUGAGCAGCAGCUCAAAUGAGCGAUAUAUUGAUUUCAAACAAGCACCAGUGGAGACAAGCUGUGUGUCAAUGAUGAGCGACCAGUCCAAUGAGCGACAUAUUGACUUCAAACAAGGAUCACAAGACACAAAGAAACAUCGGAGAAAAAAAUCUCCUAAACCUGAACCCGUCUGUGUGUCCACGAUGAGCAGCAGCUCAAAUGAGCGAUAUAUUGAUUUUAGCCGAGAUACAGAGAACAGUCAGAACCUGCCUGCUAAUGAAGGCUGGUUAUCCUUCAUAAAGAACUGGAUCAUGGAUGCGAUCGUGAAUUUAUUACAAAGAUUAUUUGUGAAACAGUUACAACAGAUACCAGCAUCUUCUGAACCUGAUUCAUCAGCACCCACAACGUGCGAUGAAUCUGUUCUUCAUAACUCCAGCGAUGAACUCGACUCUGUUAACGAGGCAUUUGACGAGGAAAGUACAGAGGCUCCAAGUGAUCAGCCUGCCCAGCAGCAUCAAUCACAUCCGGACUCAGUCUUUAUCUUUAUGCUGCUGGAGGACAACAUUAUCACUUUUGUGAAAAAUGAGCUGAAGAAGAUCCAGAAGGUGUUGUUUCCAGAUAACUCAGAGAGUCAGAUGGAGGAAGAGAUGCUGCUGGGGGGCGAGGGUGAAGAACACAAGAACAGAGAGGCAUUGGUGAAGCUCGCCCUGCAUUUCCUGAGGAAAAUGGAACAGAACGGCAUGGCUGACUAUCUGCAGAACAAACUUUUUGCUCCACAAUGUCAACGUAAACUUAAAAGUAAUCUGAAGAAGAAGUCCCAGUGUGUGUUUGAGGGGAUCGCUAAAGCAGGAAACCCAACCCUUCUGAAUCAGAUCUACACUGAGCUCUACAUCACAGAGGGAGGGACUGCAGAAGUCAAUAAUGAACAUGAGGUCAGACAGCUCGCAACAGCAUCCAGGAAGCCAGACAGAUCAGAAACAACAAUCAGACGAGAAGACAUCUUUAAAAAGUCACCUGGAAGAGAUGAACCAAUCAGAACAGUGCUGACAAAAGGAGUGGCUGGCAUUGGGAAAACAGUCUUAAUUCAAAAGUUUACGCUAGACUGGGCUGAAGAACAAGCUAACCAGGACAUCCAGUUUACAUUUCCAUUUACAUUCAGAGAGCUGAAUGUGUUGAAAGAGAAAAAGUUCAGCUUGGUGGGACUUGUUCAUCACUUCUUUACUGAAACCAAAAAAGCAGGAAUUUACUGGUUUGAACACUUCCAAGUUGUGUUCAUCUUGGAUGGUCUGGAUGAGUGUCGACUUCCUCUGGACUUCCACCGCAGUGAAACUCUAACUGAUAUUACACAGUCCGCCUCAGUGGGUGUGCUUCUUACAAACCUCAUCAGGGGGAAACUGCUUCCCUCCGCUCAUGUCUGGAUAACCACACGGCCUGCAGCAGCCAGUCAGAUUCCUCCUGAGUUUGUUCAGAUGGUGACAGAAGUCAGAGGGUUCACCGAUGAACAGAAGGAGGAGUACUUCAGGAAGAGAUUCAGAGAUGAGGAACAGGCCAGCAGGAUCAUCUCCCACAUCAAAUCAUCACGAAGCCUCCACAUCAUGUGCCAUAUCCCAGUCUUCUGCUGGAUCACUGCUACUGUUCUGGAGAAUAUGUUGAAAACCAGAGAGGGAGGAAUAUUACCUAAGACUCUGACUGAGAUGUACAUCUAUUUCCUGGUGGUUCAGUCCAAAGUAAGGAAGAUCAAGUAUGAUGGUGGUGCUGAGACAGAUUGUCACUGGGGUCCAGAAAGCAAGAGGAUGAUUGAAUCUCUGGGAAAACUGGCUUUUGACCAGCUAGAGAAAGGAAACCUGAUCUUUUAUGAAUCAGACCUGACGGAGUGUGGCAUUGAUAUUAGAGCAGCCUCAGUGUGCUCAGGAGUGUUCACACAGAUCUUUAAAGAGGAAAAGGGGCUAUAUCAGAACCCAGUGUUCUGCUUCAUCCAUCUGAGCGUUCAGGAGUUUCUGGCUGCUCUUCAUGUCCAUCUGGCCUUCAUCAACUCUGGAGUCAGCGUGCUACCAGAGGAACAAACAGCAUCUCAGACAUCUGAAACGCCUAAAAAUAAGAUUGUAAAAACAGACUUCUACCAACGUGCUGUGGACAAUGCUUUGCAGAGUCCAAAUGGACACCUGGACUUGUUCCUCCGCUUCCUCCUGGGUCUUUCAUUGCAGUCAAAUCAGGAUCUUCUAAAAGGCCUGCAGACACAGACAGAAAGCAGUUCAAAAACCAAUCAAAAAACAGUCCAGUACAUUAAGAUGAAGAUAAGUGAGAAUCUGUCUGCAGAAAAAAGCAUCAAUCUGUUCCACUGUCUCAAUGAACUGAAUGACCGUUCUCUAGUGGAGGAGAUCCAACAGUCCCUGAGUUCAAGAACCCUCUCUGUGGAUAAACUGUCUACUGCCCAGUGGUCAGCUCUGGUCUUCAUCUUACUGUCAUCAGAAAAUGAUCUGGAUGAGUUUGUCCUGAAGAAAUACUCUGCUUCGGAGGAGGCUCUUCUGAGGCUGCUGCCAGUGAUCAAAGCCUCCAAAAAAGCCAUACUGACUGACUGUAACCUCUCAAAGACAAGCUGUGAAGCUCUGACUUCAGUUCUCAGUAACCCAGUCUCUAGUCUGCUUGAGCUAGACCUGAGUAACAACAUACUGCAGAAUUCUGGGGUGAAAGCACUUUCUGUUGAACUGGGGAGCCCACACUGGAAACUGGAGACUCUAAGACUGUCAGGCUGUCAGAUUACAGAGGAUGGCUGUAGGUAUCUUGUCUCAGCUCUCAACUCUAACCUUACCCACUUGAAAGAACUGGACUUGAGCUACAAUAAUCCAGGGGACUCAGGAGUACAACUGUUGUCAGAUGGACUAGAGCAUUCGUUACGAAAGUUAGAAACUCUGAGACUGAGUGUCUGCAACCUGUCAGAAAAAAGCUGUGAAGCUCUUUCUCCAGCUCUCUCCUGCCAGUCAUCGAGUCUGAGAGAGCUGGACCUGAAUAACAACAACCUGAAGGAUACAGGAGUGAAGGCACUGUCCACUGGACUGGAAAGUCAACACUGCAAACUGGAAACUCUCAGGCUUUCGGGCUGCUUGAUCACAAAGGAUGGCUGUGCUUCUCUGGCCUCAGCUCUGAACUCCAACACCUCUCAUCUGAAAGUGCUGGACUUGAGUUACAAUCAUCCAGAGGAUGCAGGAGUAGAGCUUCAGACUGGAGUAAAGGAUCAACGCUGGAAACUGGAAAACCUAAGGGUGGAACCUGCUGGAGCAGAGUGGUUGAAACCAGGAUUGAAGAAGUAUCUCUCUAAACUUACAGUCAACACAAAUACAAUAAACAAAAAUCUCAAACUGUCUAUGAAUAACAUGAAGGUGACACAUACGAGAAACAACUUCAUAUAUCCCGAUCAUGCUGACAGAUUUGUUGACUGGUGUCAGCUGCUGUGUAAAGAUGUUUUACAUGGUCGGUGUUACUGGGAGGUGGAGUGGACAGGUGAGGUUGACAUAUCAGUAAGUUACAGAGGAAUUGCAAGGAAAGGAGAACGAAAAAACUGCAGAUUUGGAGAGAAUCCUCAGUCCUGGAGUCUGGACUGCUCUAAUGCCCGCGGCUACACUGUGUAUCACAAUCAGAGAAUAUCAGUCAUUCACCCCUCAUCCUCCUUGUCCCCUUCCUGUGGCCCUAAGCGAGUAGCAGUGUAUGUGGACUGUCCUGCUGGCACUCUGUCCUUCUACAAUGUCUCCAGUGACUCUCUGAUCCACCUCCACACCUUCAACACCACAUUCACUGAACCUCUUUAUCCUGGCUUUGGAGUCUGGCACCAUUCAUGUGGUUCCUCAGUGCGUCUGUGUUCUGUGCAGGUAGAAGUAUCUCCUUCUGUUAGAUAAGCUGUGUAACUGCAGAUGCACAGACAAAUCUGCAGGCUCUCAUGGACUCAGAAUCACGUUUAACGUCUACAUGAGGGAUUUCUUAAGAAUUUAAAGAUUGUGUCUCAUUAUUGCAGUGAUUCUGUAACUGCUGAGUGUCUUUAGUGUCUUAUGUGAACAAUUCUGACCUGCCUGGUUGUUUAAAGAUGUAUAAAUCAUUUUAUUUAGUAUUAGAGGGGAAAAAACAACUCUUGAAAUACACCUUCUGUCUUUGUGCUGUCUUGUUAGCACAACUGGUAUUAGAAACAGACGACUCUGGAACGUAUGUCGUUUUGUAUUCAACACAAAGUGGGUUUCCUUGCCACCAGCAAGUUUCAAACAGUUGUUCACUGGUGUUACGGCCUUAGCUGGGCCUCCUCCUGAAGGUGCCUGUGUGGGCGUGUCACACUACCUCUUCUGCCUGAGGUGCCACCUUUCCCUUUUACACAGCUGACUCACGUCAGUAAUUAAGGAGAUUUAAGCCCAGGGAAAGGUGAGCUCUGGGCCAGAGUGCCGUUGCAGCUAGUGAGCUGUGCGU